GCCAUGGAGUUCCCGUUUGAUGUGGACGCGCUGCUCCCGGAGCGGAUCACGGUGCUGGACCAGCACCUGCGGCCCCCGGCCCGCCGACCCGGAACCACAACGCCGGCCCGUGUUGAUCUGCAGCAGCAAAUAAUGACCAUCGUAGAUGAAUUGGGCAAAGCCUCUGCUAAGGCCCAGCAUCUUCCUGCUCCUAUCACCAGUGCAUCAAGAAUGCAAAGUAACCGCCAUGUUAUUUAUGUGCUCAAAGACACUUCAGCCAGACCGGCUGGGAAGGGAGCCAUUAUUGGUUUCCUUAAAGUUGGAUACAAGAAACUCUUUGUAUUGGAUGAUCGUGAGGCUCACAAUGAGGUAGAACCACUAUGUAUCCUGGAUUUUUACAUCCAUGAGUCUCUGCAGCGUCAUGGCCAUGGGCAAGAGCUCUUUCAAUAUAUGUUACAGAAGGAGCGAGUGGAACCACACCAACUGGCCAUUGACCGACCCUCGCAGAAGCUGCUGAAGUUCCUGAAUAAGCACUACAACCUGGAGACUACUGUCCCACAGGUGAACAACUUUGUGAUCUUUGAAGGGUUCUUUGCCCAUCAACACCCUCCAGCAAGGAAGCUGCCACCCAAGAGGGCAGAAGGAGAGAUUAAGCCAUACUCCUCCAGUGACCGAGAAUUUCUGAAGGUAGCUGUGGAGCCCCCUUGGCCCCUAAACAGGGCCCCUCGCCGUGCCACACCUCCAACGCACCCACCCCCACGCUCCAGCAGCCUGGGGAACUCACCAGAUCGGGGUCCCCUCCGCCCCUUUGUGCCAGAGCAAGAGCUGCUGCGUUCUCUGCGCCUCUGUCCUCCCCACCCUACUGCCCGCCUGCUGCUGGCCACCGACCCUGGGGGCAGCCCCGCUCAGCGUCGCCGCACCAGGGGGACUUCCCCAGGGCUGGUAGCCCAAAGCUGCUGCUACAGCCGCCAUGGGGGACUCAAUUCCACAUCCCUCAAUAAAGGUCUGCCAAUCAGAAGCAGGUCUUGUCACAGGAUGGGUCUGCGGAGGAACCCACGCACACAGUUCCUCCACAGGCACAGGCCCAGACUCCACAGGCCCCACAGGCCUCACAGGCCCCACAGGCCCAGUCUCCUCCAGCCCCGUCCUGGACAGUGGGUAGGGACAUGUUCAACGCCAGGUUCAUUCGAAACUUGCAUGAAUUUCGCGGCACCAGGCCCUGGUGAGCACAGGCGCCCCACUCCCCACACUUUGAAAGUCAGUAUAAUUUUUCCUUCACUAAAGGAUACAGGCAAGCCGAAAUCUUCAUUAUGGAUUUAUUCGUUCACUCCUUUCACCACUUUCUUAUGCACUUUGAACCAUGUGUAUCUUAUUUUUAACCAGAGCAAUAAAGAAUUUAUUUUUUCAAUCAUGAGUUGUUAAAAAAGGAGACUGUCAUUAAUUCCGUCACACCCACUCUUCAUUCUCAUUUCACCGCGUUCAGCCACAGCUUGCGGAAAAAA